GUCCCACGCAGGCACGAAGCACACGUCACAGAGCGCCACCCGCGACCAUGGUCUGGGGCGCCGCGAACCCCGUGGGCAAGCCCACCGAAGCCGAGACCCCGCUCAGGUCGGUGCAGAUUGACGGUCAGGUGGUGAUGAAGAUCGUGAAGCACUGCUCCGAGCAGGCGCCCACGCUCGUGACCGGGCAGCUCCUCGGGCUGGACAUUGGCGCCACGCUCGAGGUGACCGACUGCUUCCCGUUCCCAAACCAGGACGCCGCCGCCGCCGAGGGUGAGGAGGACGACGGCGCCAACUACCAGCUCGAGAUGAUGCGGUGCCUCCGCGAGAUCAACGUGGACAACAACACCGUGGGGUGGUACCAGUCCACCUACCUCGGGUCCUACUACACCGAGGAGCUCAUCGAGACCUUCCUCGCGUACCAGGAGAACAUCAAGCGAUGCGUCUGCGUCGUGUACGAUCCGACGAAGAGCGCGUCCGUGGGAACCUUCGGCCUCAAGGCGCUCCGCCUGACCGAUCGGUUCCUCGAGAUUCACCGCGCGGGCGAGUUCACGUUCGAGAAGAUUGCGGACAAGUCCCUCUCGUGGGCGGACAUCGUCUGCGAGGUGCCCAUCCGCAUCGCCAACUCCGCCCUGCUCAGCGCCAUGUUCGGCGAGCUCACCAGGUCCGUCGCGUCCGAGGAGAAGCACGGCGUGACCCAGUCGGACGCGGACAGGCUCGCGGUGUCGUCGGCGCCGUUUCUGGAAAAAUCGCUCGAGUUUCUCAGCGAGUGCAUGGACGACCUCGCGGCGGAGCAGCAGAAGGUGGCGCACUACCAGCGGUUCCUCUCCAAGCAGCAGUCGCAGCAGGCGCAGUGGCUGACGAAGAGGAAGGCGGAGAACGCGCAGAGGCGGGCGCAAGGGUUGGAGCCGCUGCCCGAGGAGGAGGAUCCGUCGAACCCGGCGCACAAGCCGUCGGCGGAGCCGUCCAGGCUGGAGGGGUUCCUGAUCGCCAACCAGGUGAACGAGUACUGCACGCAGAUCCAGGCGACCGCGACCGCGAGCCUGAGAAAGCUGACGCUCGUGGCGGGGUCGCAGGGAUGCGGGGACGUGGUGCCCGCCGUCGACUCAAAGGCGUGAUGUGGGCGCGGGCGUAGAUUACUGACUUUAUAGAGAUUUGAGCACCGAUGAUAU